AUGGCGCCGAGAGGUUUCACUAAUCCUGCUCCUAAAACCGAGUCGGCGCGGUCCGCGCUCAGCGCCUUCACAUGCACGCUAUGCAAUAAAUCAUACUCACGGCACCCAGAGUACGAGGCACAUAUCUCUUCAUAUGAUCACCAACAUCGCAAACGUCUUCAGGACCUCAAGCAGCUUUCCCGCGACCCAAAUGCCGCGGAGAAGGCCCGUCGCGCGGAGCGCAAGGCCGAUGCGGAGGCCGGGUUAAAGGUCAUUGAUGCACCUGUCGGUGGCCCAGUUCCAAGUGGAGGGGUCACUGGUGCGAAGAGCGGAGGAGGUUUCAAGAAAGGUGGUUUCAAGAGUUCUUUCGCCGCUGUCAAAGGUGGUCCCGCAGCGCCGGUGAAAAAGAACGUCUUAGGCGACGAUGAGGAGGAGGAGGAAUCCACCACCGCCAAAGAACCACCGCGUGUGUCAUCGAAGCCGGUUUCUGAGCCAGUGCGAGAAGAUGGCGAAAGUGAUACAGACCAGGAGUAUGCGCGGGAUCGAGACGGAGGCGGAUACUAUGACCCCCGUCAACCAACAGGCUGUUUUGCGGAGUGUGUCGGUCUCGGCUCUACAUGA